GUCAGCUGGCAGCCUGGGCUGUUCUCGCCGCUCCGGACAUAGCGCCGAGAAAAAUGCUGCUCUCCGUACCGCCAAGGGCAGGAAUCAACCCAUACAACGGCUAUAACAGCAGAAACAGCAAAAAGCAGGCCUAUGUGUCCUCCGGCCACCAGAUGGCGCCCCCCAGUCCCAACACCAACAGUAGCAGUAACAGCAGUGGGGGAGGGGAACAGCUGAGUAAAACAAACCUGUAUAUCCGCGGCCUCCAUCCGGGAACAACGGACCAAGACCUGGUCAAGCUCUGCCAACCGUAUGGCAAGAUUGUGUCAACCAAGGCCAUCCUGGAUAAAACCACCAACAAAUGUAAAGGAUAUGGCUUUGUGGACUUUGAUAGUCCGGCAGCAGCACAGAAGGCUGUUACAGCUCUGAAGUCCACUGGGGUCCAGGCUCAGAUGGCCAAACAACAAGAGCAGGACCCCACCAACCUCUACAUCUCCAACCUGCCAGUGUCUAUGGAUGAGCAAGAGCUGGAGAGCAUGCUCAAGUCCUUUGGCCAGGUCAUUUCCACACGCAUCCUCCGAGAUGCUAACGGGACCAGCCGCGGUGUGGGAUUUGCCAGAAUGGAAUCCACGGAGAAGUGCGAGGCUAUAAUCCAGCAUUUCAACGGCAAAUUCAUCAAGACUCCACCGGGAGUGCCUGUGCCCACAGAGCCCUUAUUAUGUAAGUUUGCAGACGGAGGUCAGAAGAAGAGACAGAACCAGGGGAAGUACCUCCACAACGGAAGGCCCUGGGCUAGAGAUGGAGAUACAGGAGGAAUGACGCUUGCGUAUGACCCCACAGCCUUACAAAAUGGCUUCUACUCCUCGCCCUACAGUCUGGCUCCAAACCGAAUGAUCGCCCAGACUUCCCUCUCCCCCUACAUGCAUUCUCCUGUCUCGUCCUACCAGGUACACAGCCCGUCCUGGAUGCACCAUCAGUCAUACCUCAUGCAGCCAGCUGGUACAGUUCUUACCCCAACAAUGGAUCAUGCCAUGUCCAUCCAGCCCACGUCCAUGAUGGGACCUCUUGCCCAGCAGCUAAGCCACCUGUCCCUGGGCAGCACGGGCACAUAUAUUCCGGCCAACACAACUAUGCAGGGGACCUACAUCCCCCAGUACACCCCAGUGCCUCCCUCCAGUGUCCCAGUAGAGGAGAAUGGUGGUCAACAGCAACAGGUUGCCAUGGAGACUCCGGCAGAACACACAAACUACUCAUACCAACACACCAAGUGAAGCUAAGCUCCCAGCAGGGUGGGGCCACGGGCACGAGAUGAAUCCAACCAAACAGGAUUCAGCUGGAAGAGAACUGUGCUCCAUACCAUCACCAAGCACCUGGACUUGAACAUGGAUAACAAAAGGAACAUGUGUGUGUGUGUGUGUGUGUGUGUGUGUGUGUGUGUGUGUGUGUAUGUGUAUGUGUAUGUGUAUUUGUGUGUGUGUGUGUGUGUGUGUAUGUGUGUGUGUGGGAGUGUGUGCAUGUGUGUAUGUCUGUAUUUUUGUUUUUUUAAAGAAAAAGGACAACACUUACAUCAUUGGACUUUCCUGCUCACAUCUUCAAGAGUCGAUCAACCAAAGGUGGGAAACUUCUUCACAGAAGCUUUGAUCUAUUUUGAUAACUGAAAAAAAAGGAACAUAACAAGAAGUUAAAAAAACAACAAAGAAAAAAAAACUUAUGAGAGGAGGAAAAGACACAGAGCAUUAUUUUUGUGCACGUAAUAUAACAAAUUCUUAUUUUUUAAAAAAGCAUUCUGGAUGUUUCAGGGUGAUUCAAGGAAGAGUUGAAACACAAUGUGUCUUUUAUUUUUUUGUAAAAUAUGCAAACUUUUUAUUUUUAUUUCCUGAUGUCUGUUGUUUGACGUUCUAUUUGCGGCAGCGGGGACAACAAUUUGUACAGAUUUAGAAACUUACAAAAACACUUUUGCUGGUCUGAUGUGUCGAGUCAUUCUAACCGUGGAGAGGCGAACCGUUUAAAGCUACUUCUUCCUGUAACUGCUGCAGAGAUUUCUAGUCACACACAGAUGAUAACAACAUUGUUUAUAGCUGAAAUUCUUCUUUUUUUAAAAGAUUUUUCCAUAAGUGAACAAAAGACAAUCAGUUAUUUCUAUUUAUAUUUGAAUCAUAGUUCUAUUUUUUAGAGUUUUUAGAUCAUUGGAACAUACAUUUAUAGAAAAAAAGGUUAUUUAAUACUGUUGUCUAUAAAGACAUUAAUGAUGGGCUCUAAUAUUUCGCUCAUGAAAAUUCUUCUUUUUGAUGACUCGGAUGACUUUCAAUUCAGUCUAUUCAUCAAAAAUGACACCUGUUCAUACUAAUAGUCAUACUGAUUUAUUAGAAUGUAACUCCAUGUUGCAUAGGUGUCAAUGAGAAGUGGUUUUAAGCGGUUUCGCUGUGGCAAACCUUCAGGUAUCAUUAAAUUCAUCCAUUCUGUCGAAGGGAUGAAGAAGUGAACGUGCUUUAGAUCAGUUCGAUUACUGAAAGAUUAUGUGUACAAAGAACAAUGCAGUUACUAAAUUAAGAUAUAGUUUAGCAAAAGCAAUGAGGGAAAUCAAAUAGAAGACUAACACGAUCCCUGAGAAUAAUUAGUUUGUAAGGAAAGGGAGCUGUAAGUCUUUUUUUUCAAUGCUGCUGUUGUCACCUGAGUUUGAUUCUCUGUCAGUGAUUUUUUUUAGUUUGUAGAAAGUUAAAUGUUUCUGUUUUCCUUUUGUCUGUCACUUGAAAACCUUUUGAGCUAAUUUGCCUUAAUUUUGAUGAAUUUUAUCUUUGAAGUAGAUAUUAGCUGUAGAUUUUAGCUUUUUACAGAGAGUAGAUGUUAGAUGUUUUUUCUCUGCGUAGGGAUUGAUGCUGUUUUCUUGUGCACAUCAAGUUUUCUUCUCGUUUUUUGUUUUUCACACAAAUUUCCGUUCCAAACCUUGUGUCGUCUGUCCUCAUAUUGUGUCUGGCCUGUUUGUACAGAGUGAAGAGUUGAACCAAACAGUGAGUUCAUUUAGUGCUGAUCCAAAAGAUUCAUACUGAAGCUGCAUCAGUGUUGUGGCUCAGAGAGGCUUCAUGCACACAAACAAGCCCCGCAUGUGGAGCUCAUGUCGCCACGUAGAGUGCAUCCAAAUAUGUUGAACUUUAAUUUAUGCAGACAUCAAAAACUGUAGAUAUGUAGAUAAUAGAAAUAAUGGUUUUACUAAGGACUGCUCACCAGACCAUGGAAGUGCCAUUAAAGACGAUUCUUACAGCCUUUAGUGAGACAGCAUGUCUGAAUGAAUUUAGGAGUGAUCCGAAAUUCUGCAAAAACAACUUUUAGCUAAGCCUUAAUGUUUUCCUCUGGAUGAACUGCCUGAUCUCUCACAGGAUCGACACUAAGUUGUAAAUACUACAGAAAUGGCAACAGGCAUGUUUGAAUACCGUCGAGUUAGUCAUCACGUCAGUCGAGUUAGCUUUAGGGUUAUGUGGAGCUUUUCUUCCCGCUCUUUAACCAUCCAUGUUUGAGUCCAAUGAUAAAUGCAGUGUGAAAACAUGCUUCUCAAGGCUCGCAAUUUGAUGAUUCUGUUUCUUUCACAUUUUUUUUCACAUGUCCGCUUUUUGCUGUGUGUUUCUAUUAUUCAUUUCCGCAACCAAAGAUGUUGUAGCCACCCAUCUUUUAGCUCUCUGUCACAGAUAAACUGCUCUCAAAUGCCCCCUUUCUGCCUUUGACAGAAUCAGGAAGAGAAAGAUCACUAUAAGAUUGGUGACCUGCAUGCAGUGUUCCACAUUGUGACCACAGUUUAAAGGUCCAGUGUGUGGGAUUUAGUGCCAUCUAGCUGUGAGUGUGCAGGUUGACACUAACUGAGUAUUCCUCCCAAUACCACUUGCUUCCCAAGCGUGUAGGAGAACCUGAAGUGGCCUUCAGGUAAAGUAAACGAGAGAUCCUCUCUGGGGACGGUGUUUGGUUUGUCUGUUGUGUGCUCCUAUAAAUACAUGGCAGUUCAAUAUGGCCAGCUUUAUGGAAGAGGACCUGCUGCUUUUGCAGAUUGUAAUCUGUAAUUCAAUUCAGUUCAAUUCAAUUCAAUUCAAUUCAAUUCAAUUCAAUUCAAUUCAAUUCAAUUAAUUUCAAUUCAAUUCAAUUCAAUUCAGUUGAAAUCAAUUCAAUUCAGUUGAAAUCAAUUCAAUUUAAUUUAUAUUGCCCAAAAAGUUUGCCUGAGCUGUACAAACUUUCCAGAAUAUGAGACCAUCUUUUGACCCUCACUUUAGCUAAGGAAAAAAAAAAAUUUUCAGGGAAAAAAAAUUAUAUUGGACUAAUCCUAAAAAAAACACAAUUCUUAAAUCCACGAUUAUUUAUGCAUAUUAGAAUCAUUGCAGAAAAAAUGUUUAAUUACAGAGCCGGGGGUGGCGACUUAGGGUGUUUGCUUGUUUCUAUAUUUUGUUAUUAUUAUUAUUAUUAUUAUUAUUACUUUCUCCUUUUUUAUGUAAAGCACUUUGUGUUGCAUCUCUCGUAUGAAAAGUGCUAUACAAAUAAAGUCUGAUUGAUUGAUUGAUUGAUUGAUUGAUUGAUUGAUUGAUUGAUUGAUAUAUGGAGACAAAAAUCUGAAAUUAAAGUUGUACAUUUACAAGAACAAAAUAAAUGUUAUCUGAGAAUAUAUAUAUACAGUCAUGGAAAAAAAAUUAGCCAUUUUCCAUGGUUUUCUUGAUAAUAACCAAAAUCAUUAUGAAGAAAACCAUAGAAAAUGUCUUAAAAUGUCUCAAACUCUUAUGAGCUAUUUUUGUUGUUAUCAUACAAAUGUCAACAAAUGCAUUGUUAGUUGUACCAGGCAUUAAAAUGAACAAUAAACUGAAGAAAAUAUGAGUGGUCUAAUAUUAUUUUUCCAUGACUGUAUAUAUAAAAAUGCUCUGUAUUGCAAUAUAUAUAUAUAUAUAUAUAUAUAUAUAUAUGUAUAUAUGUAUAUAUGUAUAUAUAUAUA